AUGUCACCUCCGAAGACGCCUGAUGUGCCGCAAGAAGAUUACUACGAGCUACUUGGCGUUGAAAAGAAAUCAAGUGAAUCGGAAAUCAAAGCCGCUUAUCGAAAAUUAGCGUUGAAAUAUCACCCCGACAGAAAUCCUGGAGACACGCAUGUUCCAGUUUUUUGUUUGUUUGACGAUACUUUUAUCAUUUGGGAGAUUAUCCGUUAUCAAAACGUUGCUUAUGUUAUGUAA